GUGUCCGCCUAGACAGAGUACGUGGAGGUCGCCAGAAGUACAAGCGCAGAAUAGAUGCAGAGAAUAGCCCAUACCUGAACCCUCAGCUAGUUCAGCCAGCAAAAAAGCCAUAUAACAAGAUUGUCUCUCAUUUGCUGGUGGCUGAACCAGAGAAGAUCUAUGCUAUGCCUGACCCCACUGUUCCAGACAGUGACAUCAAAGCACUUACCACUCUUUGUGACCUGGCAGACAGAGAACUGGUGGUGAUCAUUGGAUGGGCUAAGCAUAUUCCAG